AUGAUGAUGAUGGUUGUUGUUGUUGUUGUGAUGGUGAUAAUGAUGAUGAGGAUGAUGAGUUUUGCAGUCAGUGACAUCACUUCUGACACGCGGACCCCUAUUAACCGGUUUCAUAAAGGACGAGCAGAUGGCAACUUCGGGCGGGAACACACAAUCAUCGGUUGGAAUACAUUGCGAUCGUUCACUAACCAGCGCAUCCGACUCAAAUUCAGGUUCUCAGUAGUCCUUAACAUCAAUCUUCUUCGCUUGCAACAUGCGCAUGCUCGUUUAAGCCGACUCCAUGAAACGAGUGCGGGAUUCAGCUCUUUGAAGCUUCUCAACAUCAGUAACAUUAACAUCAUCAAGAGAAUCACCAGAAACGGACAUGAUUACCCUAUUCAACUUAUGUACCAACUACCCGAA